UGACGUGUCAUCUGCUAGCCGGUAUUGUUUCUAGAUAAUCUGUGGUGUGUUUUAUUUUUCUGUUUGUACCAUGAGUAACAAGAAUGCCUCACAGUAUAUUUUGCCCAACAACCAGCCUGUGGUCUCUUUGGAAGUCAAAUCUGCAUUCGAUGGCCUAACUACAAAAGAAAAAUUAUAUGCCCAUUAUAUUAGCAAAGCUUCAUGGCACGGAGGUUUAAUAACACUUCUCCAAACCAGCCCCGAAUCGGGACCGGUAUUCGUGCUUUUACAUAAACUCUUUUCUUCCCAGUCACCAACAGACUUCAAAGCUAAAGCAAUAAAUUCUGGAUUCAGUGAAGACGAAGUGACAGCCGUUUUUGUGUACUCUUGUGGGGUUUUCACUAACUCUGGAAAUUACAAGGGUUUUGGAGAUACAAAAUUCAUUCCGAACCUCGAGAAAGACCGCUUUGGGGCCUUAUUAAAACUUAGUCCAAUUUGGCCUGAAUUAGAACCAAUCUGGCUUCAGUUCAAAGAUAGAUUAUAUGACCUAGAAAAUGGAAAAAGUUGUUUGGGAUACAGCCCCACUGGCAUUACUACGUACUUGUCACAUAAUUGUACUCCAGAAGAUAAUGAAAAAGUUCAGAACUGGCUCAAGUCCCAUAAUAUGGAAUGCUAUAAUACAAGACUGUUCAAAACUGUAGUAGGUGAUAAGAUUACCUAUGAUAUUAGACUGGCGUCUGAAGACAAAAAAGUAUUAAAGACGCACACUGAUGGCAAUAUAACAUAUCAGAUAUCAUGUGGAGAUUAUUCUCCUUUAAUAGGACAAGUUGCCAAAGAUCUUGGUCAAGCUAUAGAAUAUGCUGCUAAUGAGAAUCAAGUUGAUAUGCUCAAAGCUUACAUUUCAUCGUUUCAAACUGGGUCUCUAGAUGAUCACAAGUUGGGUUCUAGAUAUUGGAUUAAAGAUAAAGGACCUGCUGUAGAAAGUUAUAUUGGAUUUAUAGAAACUUACAGGGAUCCCGCUGGUGUUAGAGGAGAAUUCGAAGGAUUUGUAGCAGCUGUAAAUAGAGAAAUGUCAGCCAAAUUUGCGACCUUGGUCGGUAAUGCUGAACAGUUUUUAACACUUCUCCCUUGGAAUAAGGGAUUCGAAAAGGACAAAUUUUUGAAACCUGAUUUCACAUCGUUGGAUGUUCUCACUUUCGCUGGCAGUGGAAUACCAGCCGGUAUAAAUAUACCAAAUUAUGAUGAAAUUCGUCAAUCGGAGGGAUUUAAAAACGUUUCCUUAGGAAAUGUAAUUCCCGCUAGUUAUCAGGCAUCAGUAACACCAUUUUUAACCCAACAAGACGCAGACCUCCUACAAAAAUGGCGAGUUCCUGCAUUUGAACUUCAGGUAGGACUUCACGAACUUCUAGGACACGGAUCCGGUAAAUUAUUAAGAAAAGAAAAAGAUGGUACUUUGAACUUCCCCUCCGAUCUUCUAGACCCUCUCACUGGCAAACCUCCGGCAUCAUACUACGAACCAGGUGACACCUACGACAGUAAAUUCGGUCCAUUAAGUUCAACUUAUGAAGAAUGCAGGGCAGAAGCUGUAGGCCUCUAUUUAAGUCUUGAUCCAGAUGUACUAAGAAUAUUUGGACACGAAGGUCAGCAAGCAGAAGAAAUUACUUACGUUAAUUGGCUCUCCCUUGUGUGGGCCGGAGCUGGAAAGGGAUUGGAAUUGUGGGAGCCUGGUAGAGGAUGGUUGCAAGCACAUGCACAGGCACGUUUUGUACUAUCCCGAGUAUUGAUUCAAGCUGGAGUAGUAUCGAUCACGCAACCUUCAGAAAAUGACCUUUUGGUAACUUUGGACCGAUCAGCAAUUAAGGGAGCAGGUAGAGUAGCCAUAGGCCAAUUCCUGUUGCAAUUGCAAAUUUACAAAGCAACUGGAAAUUUGGAAGAAGCCCAAGAACUGUACAAUCACUACGCCGAAGUUUCAGAACCGUGGUUGAGUUGGAGGUCAAUUGUAUUAGCCAAUAAACAACCAAGAAAAAUGUUUGUCCAAGCCAAUACCUCUACAGCAGAAGAUGGCGUUAGCUUGAAAUCAUACGAACCGUCACUAGAAGGUUUGGUUCAAUCUUGGGUGGAAAGGUUUUCAAAGCCACAACAAUUGUAUGAUGCCUUGUUACAACUUUCAAACGCUGAUGCUGCUCAUUUUUAGAAAGUGUCGUAAAUUAUUAACAGGUCAUUAUAACUGCUUUGUAUUACAACUGUAUUAUGUUUAUAUUUCUUUUGAUCGAUAAUUUGAUUGAUGUUAGUGAAAAAAAAGACAUCAGUAAAAGUUGUAAGUCAUAAUUUUUAUACCAAUGAUAUUUUGCAGAUUUUCCAUAUUAUUCGUAUAUACACAUAUAACAAACGCCAAUAACGGUAAUGUGUGUUUAAUACAAACUAUUUUAACGCAAUUGGUUAAUUAAAUCUGGA